UCUCGUUCUCCCCCACCCCCAAAUCUCAAGCUCCAAUGGGGGAUUCCGCCGGAGAUCUUCCCAAUGACCUCAAAUUUCACGGUCCGAUUAACGGAAACAUCCUUGCCGCCAUGGCGCUGGCCCGCUGCGGCGUCGACCGAAUGUUCGGCGUCGUUGGAAUCCCUGUUACCUCUCUGGCCAUUCGCGCCGUUUCUCUCGGCAUCCGAUUCAUCGCCUUUCACAAUGAACAAUCGGCUGGCUAUGCCGCUUCUGCUUAUGGCUAUCUAACGGGCCGCCCUGGUGUGCUUCUUACUGUUUCUGGCCCUGGUUGUGUUCAUGGCCUUGCAGGGAUUUCUAACGCCAUGGUUAAUGCUUGGCCUUUUGUCAUGAUCUCUGGUUCUUGUCAUAGUACAUAUUUCGGCCGUGGUGAUUUUCAGGAACUUGAUCAGGUUGAGGCUGUGAAGCCCUUUUCCAAAUUUUCCGUGAAGGCCACGGAUAUUUCCGAGAUUCCCAAUUGCGUUGCUCGAGUUCUUAAUAUUGCCGUUUCUGGUCGGCCUGGUGGGUGCUAUAUUGAUCUCCCGUCCGAUAUUUUGCACCAGACUAUUUCCGAGUCUGAGGCGGAGAGAUUAUUGGCCGCAGAGGAGGAAUUUACACACCGCGAGGUGAUUCAUAGAGUUCCGAAUUCGCAGAUUGAGACAGCGAUUUCGUUGUUGAAACGUGCGGAACGGCCAUUGAUUGUGUUUGGUAAAGGGGCGGCGAUUGCUCGUGCUGAAGGGCCAUUGAAGAAGCUUGUGGAGAGCACUGGAAUUCCAUUUCUUCCUACUCCAAUGGGUAAAGGAUUACUGCCUGAUUCACACGAGCUUGCGGCUACCGCCGCUAGGUCGUUGGCGAUUGGUAAGUGCGAUGUUGCGCUUGUGGUUGGGGCGAGGCUUAAUUGGUUGUUGCACUUUGGUGAGCCACCUAAAUGGUCCAAGGACGUGAAGUUCAUUUUGGUUGAUAUUUGCAAGGAAGAAAUUGAAUUAAGAAAGCCCCAUUUGGGUUUGAUUGGUGAUGCAAAAGAGGUAUUGGAAUCAAUAAACAAGGAGAUUAAGGAUGACCCAUUUUGUCUUGGGAAGUCUCAUCCAUGGGUUGAAGCCAUUUCGCAGAAAUCAAAGGACAAUGUGGCGAAAAUGGAAGUUCAGCUGGCGAGGGAUGUUGUGCCAUUCAAUUUCUUCACACCAAUGAGAAUCAUUCGAGAUGCUAUUUCGGCUCUCGGUAGCCCUGCGCCCAUAUUGGUUUCUGAAGGGGCUAAUACAAUGGAUGUUGGUCGCUCAGUUUUGAUUCAGACUGAGCCAAGGACCAGGUUGGAUGCAGGAACAUGGGGCACAAUGGGGGUUGGCUUGGGCUAUUGCAUUGCAGCUGCUGUUGCUUCGCCUGAUCGGUUGGUAGUCGCCGUUGAAGGCGAUUCUGGAUUUGGGUUCAGUGCCAUGGAAGUUGAGACGCUGGUGCGGUACCAGUUGGCAGUGGUUGUGAUAGUUUUCAACAACGGUGGUGUAUAUGGUGGCGACCGGAGAACACCACAAGAAAUAACCGGACCCUACAAGCAUGAUCCUGCGCCAACCUCAUUUGUCCCAUCAGCAAGUUACCACAAAAUGAUGGAGGCUUUUGGAGGUAAAGGAUACCAUGUUGAAACGCCCGAGGAACUAAAAUCUGCCCUAGCCGAGUCGUUCUCGGCUCGAAAACCAGCAGUCAUAAACGUCACGAUCGAUCCCUAUGCCGGUGCAGAAAGUGGGAGGCUGCAACACAAGAAUUUGAACAUAAGUCCUUGAACACCUAUGUUGUAUGUUCUUGGCUGUAAAAUUAUUGACGUAAUUUGUAAAGCUAA